UUUGUUUACCCAUAACAAAAUAUUGAAUAUGAUUUGAUUUCUAAUCUAACUCUAAUUAAUAUGAACAAAAAAUAGUGUAAUGGCUAAUCGCAAAAAUUAUUUAUUUUAGUUUGUUGAGACUUACAAUAAGGAACCUAUUGGUAGUAGUUAUUUUCCCCAAUGAAAUCCAAACGUGGUUUUUAUGAUGUUUUUGUUAAAACCUGUGCUACAAAUCCUUCGAAAAAAGCCGUACGCCAAUAUUAUAAUGAAAAAUACAAUAAUUACACAUACUCAGAGUUAUUCGGUGUCUGUGAAUAUAUUUCUCAAAUUCUUUUGCAAUUAGAUUGUAAUAGAGAAGUAGUGGGAUUAGUAACUGACAGAAAUGUUAUUGUUCCAUGUGCCAUAGCUGCAGUCCAUAAGUGCUGUAAUUCUUUUAUGUUCUUGGAUCCAACUCAAAGUAUUGAAAAUGAAAUAAGUGAUUUAAAAUUAAAGAUUAUUAUUACCAUACAAGAUUCGAACAAUGAUUACUCUGUGAAGUUAUAUGAAAAAAAACCUGACAAAACUAUUGUGAUAUUUGAUUACACAAUCAACUUUUAUAAACAAGAAAGUAACAAUUUACUUACAAAGAAAUGGGUAAUGGAACAUUGUUUUAUAGCAUCAACUUCAGGAAGCACUGGAAAGAAAAAACAUGUCCAAGUUCCAGUCCAAUGUAUUCAACCUAACAUAGAUGACUUAACCAAUUUGUUCAACAUAGAUUCUUCUGAUGUUAUAUACUUUUCAACACCAUUGACUUUUGAUCCAUCAAUGGUUGAAAUUCUAUUAGCUUUUAAAAAUGGUGCAUCCCUUUUAAUAGCCCCAGAAUAUAUUGAUCUUUUGUUUCCUCCAAACAAACAGUAUUCUAUAACAGUCUGGCAAACAACACCAUCAAAAUUCUUCCAGCAUACAAACACUGAAAUAAAAAAUAAAAUUUUAAGUGCUGAUUCAACACUUAAAAUACUAGCACUUGGUGGGGAACCACUAAAUGGAAUACGGAGAUUAAGAGAAUUGAAACAUGUCAAUAACAAAUGUAGAAUAUUCACAUUAUAUGGAGUUACAGAAAUGUCCUGUUGGGCUUGUGUUGCUGAGUUGGACUUAAAUAAAAUAAUCACAGAUCGUGAAGUACCAUUAGGCAACUGCCUCUCGGAAACACAGUUACGAAUUGAUUCGAAGAAUUCCAGUGCUAAUGGUUCUGGUAAAAUUAUAUUAGUAAGUAAUACAAGAAAAUGUUAUAUUCUGAACAACAAAAAACCAGGUUCGAAUGAAGAAGAAUGCUCUCUAAAAUUUGUAGACACUGGAGAUAUAGGCGAAGUGAGGAAUGGCACUGUCUACUAUAGAGGUCGUAAAGAUGAUACCGUUAAACGAUUUGGUAGCAAAAUCAAUCUUCAGUACAUUGAAAAUAGUGUAAUGCAGUGCUCCGAAGUUAAAACCUGCUCCUGUAUUUGGUUGCCCAAAUUAAUGCUGCUCGUUUUAUAUUAUUCAUCAGAAACUAUCAAAAGUCAUGACCUUUCCAUACUUAUAAAAGGUAAAUUGGAAGAAAAAUUUUGGCCAGAUAAAAUUAUAAAGGUUGAUAAUUUACCAACAACCUCACAUGGGAAGACUUCAAAACAGAUCCUAUCUACGAUGUUUGAGAAUGACUUGAAUGUACCAACAAUCCCAGCAACGCAUGCAUUCUUAGAAGAACUUACGUCAAUGUUGAGAACAACUGUACCUAUUGAGGAAAUAAAAAACAAAAGUUACCAAGCGAUUGGAGGUACAUCAUUUCUAGCAAUUGCAAUGUGCAAUAAACUAUCACAUACAUAUCCUCAACUAGGAAAUUUUAUUUUACCAUAUUUAAUAUCUAACAACAAAACAAUUCAGGAUAUUGUUCAACUAGUUGAAAAAGAUUAUUCUUACGAGGAAAUGAAAUCAAAGAAAAGAUCUAAGAAACCGGAUUUCAGAUCAAAAAGAUUAGCAUAUGCUUUAAGUGAAGUUUUAGAAUUGGAUAGAAAUCUUGUGGACUUUCAAGAGUUAUGGAAGUUUGAUACAGGAAAAUGUGUUGAUGCAUCACCAACAUUAUGUCCAUAUAAAAAUAAGGUGUUUGUAGCUGUUUGCAGUCACUCGGGAAAAAUAGCCGUAAUUGAUACAGAGAGUGGAAAGUUACAAGGGCAGAUAAAACUUAAUUCACGAAUAGAAGCGUCAAUACAUUGCUUUGAAGGGGGAGUGAGGGGUCCUUGCGGUGUUGUCGGCUCCUACGACGGAACUAUUGUCUGUUUCACUAUACACAAAUGUCAAGAGAUCUGGAGGACAAAUGUUAGAUAUAUGAUUAAAAGUAAAGCGACCUACAUCAGAGGCGUAAUAUAUAUUGCUUCAUAUGACGGUAUCGUUCGCUGCGUUGAUGCUACGAAUGGUGAGAUAAAACAAACAAUUCAAGUGGCAGAACAAGCAAUAUCAGCGGAUACAGUGUUGGCUAGAAAUGGUUACAUUAUGGUGGGGACUUUGUCGGGCGUGUGUGCGGGCAUAGACACGAGGACGCGGCGGGUGGCUUGGCGCGGGAAACUCAACAGCCCGGUGUUCGCUCGCCCCGCGCUUUACGAUGAUGACAAAUAUGUUGUAUUCGCCGAGGUCAACGGCGAAGUGCAUUGCCGAACUGUCGAGAAAGGCAUCAAGGUGUGGAAAUAUGAAGGUGCAAAGGGAAAUAUUUUUUCUUCAGUAUAUGUUAGAAAUUUAGAAGCAUUAACUUGGCAGUUCGUAUUUGGAUGUCACGAUAAUGGAGUGUACAGCAUCACUGUGAAAAACUUUCGUUCAAGUUUACAUUGGCGGACAGAGAUGACAUCACCGGUUUACGCUACACCCUGCUGUUUAGAUAACACUUCUAUAAUAGCAACAUCUACCAAUGGAAAAAUGUGCGUGAUAAGUACAGAUAAUGGCACUAUAUUAUCAGAAUAUCAAUUUCCAAAUGAAACAUUCUCAUCUCCAGCUGUUUAUAAUGAUAAAAUAUUUAUUGGUUGUAGAAAUGACUAUUUGUAUUGUAUAAAAUUUAACCAGAUAUAA